AUGGCCAACAAGGUAUAUGCACUUGCUCUGAUCACGGUAGUCGUCGCGGCGGCACUGCUGGCAGAGUCCACGGCAACUUGUGAUAUUAGCCAGUUGAUGCCGUGCGCGGCGGCGUUUUUGUCCAACAAAGUAGCACCAUCCAAGGAAUGCUGCACUAAACUGAACGAACAACAACCAUGUCUUUGCCAGUACAAGGCUAAGUACCAGGGUUAUGCUAACUCUCCUAGUGCUAGGCGCGUUGUUUCGGCUUGUGAAGAUCUCUCUGUCAUUCUCCCUCGUGUUCUCAUCGUUUCUCGACGCACCGUUCGCAAGAACAAGUUCGUGGAUUUCGUAGGUGAAUACCACUUGGACUUGAUAGUAAACUAUGGGGCAGUACCCAUAAUAGUACCCCGGGUAAGUGGCAUUCAUAUGGUUCUAGACAGCUUUGAGCCCAUCCAUGGUGUGCUCUUGUGUGAAGGCGAAGACAUUGAUCCUUCCCUCUACGAUUCCGGCUUAAACUCCGGCGAACUUUCUCCCGAAGAGCUUGAGGAGGUACGUCGGCUUCAUGCCAGUGACACAGCCAUUGACAAGGAAAAGGACUCCAUUGAGUUUAGGCUCGCCAAGCUCUGCCUCGACCGUAACAUCCCUUAUUUAGGCAUAUGUCGUGGAUCUCAGGUACUAAACGUAGCCUGUGGUGGAGCUUUAUACCAAGACAUAGAGACAGAGCUCUCAAGAAAAGUACCAGAAGAGAAGAGACUAGCCCAUAUGAACUAUGACAACUAUGAUGGUCACAGGCAUGCCAUUAGAGUUUUGGAAGGAACUCCUCUGCAUGGAUGGUUUAAAGAGUCAUUGGUUGGAGCAGGAGAUCAAAUGGAGAUGCUUGUUAAUAGCUACCAUCACCAAGGAGUCAAGCAAUUAGCCCAACGCUUCGUUCCUAUGGCGUUUGCACCAGAUGGGCUCAUUGAAGGAUUUUAUGAUCCCAACAACUACAACCCAGAAGAAGGAAAGUUCAUCAUGGGACUCCAGUUUCAUCCAGAACGAAUGAGGCAACCUGACUCUGAUCAAUUUGAUUAUCCGGGUUGUCCAUUUGCCUAUCAGGAAUUUGUCAAAGCUGUGAUUGCAUACCACAAGAAGGUUGCUAAGACGACGAAUGUGCCUAAACCAAUAAAAAUUGACCACACGUUAUUUGAGAAGAAGAGGAGGGUUCUAGUUCGAAGUUUUUCACUUGCAAGAGAUCUUUAUGGUACAAGAAAUGAGAUUAAACCAUCUGAAGAAUCCGAGCUAAAUAUUGGGGCUGACUUUCUUGAGUCUAAUACUGUGUUGAGGCAGCAUCAAGAAACAAGGUUGAAAGAAGGUUGGGAGAACAAUGAGAAAGGAAUUAUGGCAAGAAAAAUGUUUGGAAAAAUGUCAGUAGAGCAACUCAAUAACCUCGUUUCCUUCUACCAAACCAUGGGUCAAAUUUGUUCCGAAGUGUUGGACAGAAAACGUAUUGCUAAUAUUGAAUUGGGCCAUUAAAGUAUUUGGGCAUUUUAAUCUUCUCUCUGGGCCGCUUUAUUUCCUAACCUUCUACGUUUGGAUGGCGAGGACAAAAAGAGAUAAUCAAUCUAAUAUAUCAUCCGUUUUAAAAUACGUGAAACAC